GUGAGACGAAGCAAAUGCACGUCCAAACACAUCCAAUUCGACGUCAAUAAGACGGUUUUCCUGUGUUUAUCUUCUUUUUGAUCCGAAUACUUGGAGAGUUAAAUUCGUGAACAUUCAGUUGAUGAGCUAAUUAGCCAAUCUGAACAAUGCCGAACCCCAAUCAAGGCGGUGAAACCACGAUUGCGGAUCUCCCUGAUGAAUGUCUACGUCAGAUUUUUCUGCACGUCCCCAUGAUCACUAUUCCAGGGAAAAGUUGGAUCAGUCUUCGCACUGUUUGCAAAAGAUGGACCCCAAUAAUUGAUGACUGUUGGCGUGAAACCAAACAACUUGUACUCUGUGACCGUGGUGAUCAGUUAUUUCUGCUUCGUUCAUCACCAGAAAUGCUCCUAGCAAUCAUGAGCAACAAAUCACAGAAUCGAAGAAUCGCAUGUGAACUGAUUAAGCGUUGUGGACCCUUUCUAAAAACCUUGAUAGAACAGCGUGCGUUACCAUCCACAAGUUCCAUAAUGACCUCAGCUGCAGAGGAAUGUGUCCAACUUGAGCAUUUCGGUGGAAUAUUGCGAACAAAGACGGACGCCACACAACUGAGAGAUUUACUCGACGCAUGCAAAAAUUUUUCAUGCCUGAAAAUUCAUAUACUCGCUGGAAGGCUUUACAGUUUUUUCCAGAGAAUUCCAACUCAUCAACUAACAGCAUUGAGCAUUUUUACGAGCGACAGUUGCGAUCCACACUUGCCAAAAUAUAUCAAAGCAACCAUUCGUCAUUGUCGAGACCUCAAGAGCCUGCAUACUGAUUACAUGGAUGAUGAACUAGCAGGACUGCUUACGACUUUACGUGAAAUUCGCCUCAGCAAUCCAGGCAUUGGCCUCUCUGAUCGAAACGGGCUAUUACCACUGAUUCGGGAUGAAUUGCUGGUUUCGCUGACUGUGCAUUGUCAACGAUUAGAAACAAUGUCACUUGAAUGUUGCAUUUAUGUGACAGAUGCAGGCAUCUCCUCUCUAUCAGCCCUCCCAAAAUUGAAAGUUCUUAAUCUGUAUAGCCUGCCUAGAGUUACUGGGAAAUCUUUGCAGACGUUUUCUGAAAUUCAUGAUUUGAACCUGGUGGGAUGCUUAGCUGGUGAUGUAGAAAUUACAGGGAUUCUGAGAAACUGUAAAAUUCUUCAAUCUCUUAAUGUUGCCUACACUAAUAUCACAGAUAAAACCCUCUAUGUUGCUGUUGAAGAAACUAGGAAACGUAUGAAUAAUAUAACUCUAAAGAUUCAUUGUGAUUAUACAAGGGCUAAUCCCCGCAGAUUCCAAGGAUCUUCUCCUCUUUUGAAAAUUGUCGGAUCCAAUGAUCGAGGCGGAUUUUAAAUUGAUGUAUGAAAUAUUCGUUCAUAUUUUCCUUGGCCUGCAUAAGCUCCAAGGCAUGACAGCCAGCCGAGAUUUGAUGUAUGAGAUGACUUGAUUCACAAAUUCUAUAAUGGAAUGAAAUUCUGGUUUUUUUUUUCAUUCUUUCUAAACAAAUAAUAGAACUUCGUGGACAACAGUACCUUUCAUAGAGCACAUGAAAGAUUCUUACAGUGAGGGGUGGUUAUUUUUAUGAUGAUAAACGAGGAAAGUCUUCAAUUGUGAACAGAGAGAACAGUAUCUUAGCAAGUCUUAUCUUCCAUGUAUUCUUUCUUUACGUUGAAAUAAAAGUUCAAUAAGAUUAUAUUAUUAAAACCAUCUAAUCUACCAUUUACACGUAAAAUGUUAAUAAAAUUAAUCAUUUUUUCCUGA